UGUUUUCCAGUGUACGUAGGAGGUUCGGUUAAUGAGAAGGGAUUCGGAAGUAGUGUGAAUCAAAGAAUAUGUGAUAGUUUACGAUGUACUUCAUGUGAUUUUAAAGUAACCAUAUUUCCUGAUUAUGAAUGGCAUAGUAAAACUGAUUAUCUAUUUCUACGGAAUAAUGCUCCAGAUUUUCGAAAAUUGAAAUCAAACCUGAAGAAAGUCAAUGGUAAGGUAAAUGCAUAUAAUUGUCAGUGUAGCUGGAGAAGUUUUAAUGAUCUCACAGAAUUGAAGGAUUCUAAACUAAAAUGGGUCUGUGGAAAACAUUCCUGA